AUGAUUUUGUUGAAAGAGGAGUGGGUUGAUGAAGAAUUGAAAAUUCUCAAGGGAUACUUUAGACAAUAUUUUGAUUUACAAGAAUUGAAAACUGAAACGAUUUCACGAGGAUCGAAUAGUUUUAUUGGAAAUACGUUUUCUUUUAUUGGAUCUUUCUUUUCAAGUAAAUCAAAAUCAACGAAUAGCUUAUCAAAUUCAACAGUAUCUCACAAAGAUGAAAACUAUCUCACAAAGAUACUUUUGGAUGGUGAAUCUGGAAGUGGAAAGACUUCACUACUCAAUUGUGUCUUUUAUAAUUCACCUGUUGUUCCAAAUGCUUACGUUCCUUGCAUGGGUGAAAUGCCCAUUAAAAAUUAUCAAUUUGGAAACACAGCAAGAGUCAAAAUUCAAAUUUGGGAUCUUCCAGGAAAUACUCGUUUUAGAAGUAUUUCUACAUCCUAUCAUAGAGGAGCCACAUUUUUUUUACUAUUUGUUGAUCCUUAUUCAAUUGAUUACAAUAGCUCACUAAAAGAAAAGCUGGAAUAUAUGAAGAGUUAUCUACCUGGAAAGGAAGUAAUUUUCAUUACAACAAAGAAAGAUCGUACCAAUGAGAAAAGAUACUUUUCGAAUGAACAAGCAGAUCAGUUUGCUUUCGAAAAUUUUGGUGGAAUUCAUUUAGAUAUUACCAAUACUCAAUUGGAUGAACCAAAAACUAUUGUAUUAUAUUGUGCACUACUCAAAUAUUUACUUUCUCCUUAA